CACGAAUCGACAAAAUUAUUGAUACAAUUGUUCGUUUUAUAUAAAAGCAGAUAUGUUUUUAUUCGUUGUGUGUUCCUCACCGGGCCAUAGAGACAUUGUCUUGGGCCUUGCAGGAUGAAGGUGUUGUGCGCUAUCGUUCUGUAUAUCGCAUUAAUGCAACCAGCUCUCUGUGAUCCGCCAUUUGCAAAAAAAUCCAAUGAACACCAUACGUUAGAUCAUCUAUUAAACAAAGGACCUGAAAACGGGAACAGAUACAGGGCGCCAAGCUCGUUUUUUGAAAAUUCUGCGAUUAACAAACACUUUCAAAACUAUUUCGUCAACCAACAGGGCAGAGUUCAGCCGGUACAACCUACCAGGAGCGCUCGGCAUUUGAACGCCAAACCCUUCAGAGCAGCGGAAAAUAAACACAAUUUACAUGCUAACGCGCGGAUACCAGUGCGACAUCCAAGUAUACAGCCUAAAGAUACACAAAGCGAAACUAAUCAUGCAAAAAAUAGCAAUUUACCUACGCGUGUUAGUCUAAAUUUGGAUGAUGUAACUACGGAGUCUCAUAUCAAUGAAAAUACAGUUCCCAAGCAACCAACUGAAGGUAAUGGACAAAUCGAUAGUGUCACCAAUACUAUUGACCCAAUAAUUAAAAAACCAAAUGAAGUUAAUGGAACUGAUAAGAAACCAGAAAUACAAUGGACGACGAAUACUCAUGAGCAGACCACGUCAGCAGUUGGUAAAGGAGAAACAUCAUCGAAUAAUCAAUUAAAACUUAACAAAGACACAGUAUUAAAAGGACACUACAUAGUCAGACCUGCAACGACAAAUGCUUUGGAUAAAACGCAAAAUGUUGAACCACUGACUACAGAUUCAGCAUACCAAAUUCCUCUACUACCGCCAAGCACACAACCUGCUGAUAGCUUACUAAGCAAAGAAAGCAAUCAAGAAGUACUAGAAAAGAUUAUAGAAGAAGUCAUAAAAGAUAAUAAAUAUGAAAACUCAGACGAUACUAAUCCUGUAAAAUUUAUUUACAAAGAGGAAUUGGUACCUAAUGCUGCUAUUGAAAAUCAAGAGAAUGUAACGACAACUACAGACUUAAAAGGUUUCCUUAAAAACAUUAAAGAAAUCAAACAUUCUGAAGAAAAGAUCGAAAAUUUCAAGGAAAAUAAAACACAGGAGUGGAAAAGUAAAAAAAAUAUGACUAUCAAAAAAGCAGAAUCUAUUACUCAACAUGACGUAUCUAAGAAGACCAAUGAAUAUACAAUUGAGAAACGAAACGAAACUCGCGAAGAGAGUGACUUUGAAUCUAACAAACAACUAUCAAAAUACACUGAGGAAUCUCAAUUUGAAUUGAACACCAGGAUAUCUCUUACCGAAAAUAGUGAUGAAUUCGCAGCUCUGAACGAAUAUCUAGAAGAAGUGAAAAAAAUUGAAAAUCAAAAUAAAGCAUAUGAAAAAGUAGAACAGAAAUCGUUACAAGCGGAGAAAUUUGACGAUCUAGAAUUUUGGAGACAAGAAGCGGAAAAGGAAGAAAAAAAACGCGAAAAGGAAAUAAGAGAAAUGCAAAGUAAAUUGAACGGUGGCAGACACACAGAAAUGACAGAAAAGGAGUUAGUGAGCAAAGCUGAAGAGCUUGUGGAAAACGAUGAAGAUGAAUUUUGGAAUCAAGAAGCUAUAUAUCUAGACAAUAAUUAUGAAAAUUCAAAAACCCUGAAUAAAACAAAUUCUUCUAUAUCUUCGACUACUAACCCUAAGCAGCCGAUUACUGGCGCAAAUAUAGCUAAAACUACAGCAACUGAGCAAUCCACGACUGAGGCCAAGGUACUUUCGACGACUGAACUUAAGCAGUCGACGACUGCGACAAGUGUACCAUCAACUGUGGCUAGUGAGCAAUCUACGUCUGAGAUAAGUGUACCGUCAACUACCGGUACUGAGCAACCUACAACUGAGACAAGUGUACCAUCGACUACUGCUACUGAGCAAUCUAGGACUGAUAUAAAACUGCCUUCAACUACGUCUACCGUGCAAUCUACGACUGAGACAAAUGUACCAUCAACUUCGGUUACUGAGAAAUCUACGACUGAGACAAGUGUAUCGUCGACGACCAAGCUUAAACAGUCGACGACUGAGACAAAUGCAUCAACACCUACUGCUACAGAGCAAUCUACGACUGAGACAAGUGUACCGUCGACGAUCGAGCUUAAGCAGUCGACGACUGAGACAAAUGUACCAUCAACUACGGCUACCGAGCAAUCUACGACUGAGACAAGUGUACCGUCGACGAUCGAGCUUAAGCAGUCGACGACUGAGACAAAUGUACCAUCAACUACGGCUACCGAGCAAUCUACGACUGAGACAAGUGUACCGUCGACGAUCGAGCUUAAGCAGUCGACGACUGAGACAAAUGUACCAUCAACUUCGGCUACUGAGAAAUCUACGACUGAGACAAGUGUACCGUCGACGAUCGAGCUUAAGCAGUCGACGACGGAGACAAAUGUACCAUCAACUUCGGCUAUUGAGAAAUCUACGACUGACACAAGUGUACCGUCGACGACCGAGCUUAAACAGUCGACGACUGAGACAAAUGCAUCAACACCUACUGCUACAGAGCAAUCUACGACUGAGACAAGUGUACCGUCGACGAUCGAGCUUAAGCAGUCGACGACUGAGACAAAUGUACCAUCAACUACGGCUACCGAGCAAUCUACGACUGAGACAAGUGUACCGUCGACGAUCGAGCUUAAGCAGUCGACGACUGAGACAAAUGUACCAUCAACUUCGGUUACUGAGAAAUCUACGACUGAGACAAGUGUAUCGUCGACGACCAAGCUUAAACAGUCGACGACUGAGACAAAUGCAUCAACACCUACUGCUACAGAGCAAUCUACGACUGAGACAAGUGUACCGUCGACGAUCGAGCUUAAGCAGUCGACGACUGAGACAAAUGUACCAUCAACUACGGCUACCGAGCAAUCUACGACUGAGACAAGUGUACCGUCGACGAUCGAGCUUAAGCAGUCGACGACUGAGACAAAUGUACCAUCAACUUCGGCUAUUGAGAAAUCCACGACUGAGACAAGUGUACCGUCGACGACCGAGCUUAAACAGUCGACGACUGAGACAAAUGCAUCAACACCUACUGCUACAGAGCAAUCUACGACUGAGACAAGUGUACCGUCGACGAUCGAGCUUAAGCAGUCGACGACUGAGACAAAUGUACCAUCAACUUCGGUUACUGAGAAAUCUACGACUGAGACAAGUGUAUCGUCGACGACCGAGCUUAAACAGUCGACAACUGAGACAAAUGUACCAUCAACUACGGCUACCGAGCAAUCUACGACUGAGACAAGUGUACCGUCGACGAUCGAGCUUAAGCAGUCGACGACUGAGACAAGUGUACCGUCGACGAUCGAGCUUAAGCAGUCGACGACUGAGACAAAUGUACCAUCAACUUCGGCUACCGAGCAAUCUACGACUGAGACAAGUGUACCGUCGACGAUCGAGCUUAAGCAGUCGACGACUGAGACAAAUGUACCAUCAACUUCGGUUACUGAGAAAUCUACGACUGAGACAAGUGUAUCGUCGACGACCGAGCUUAAACAGUCGACGACUGAGACAAAUGCAUCAACACCUACUGCUACAGAGCAAUCUACGACUGAGACAAGUGUACCGUCGACGAUCGAGCUUAAGCAGUCGACGACUGAGACAAAUGUACCAUCAACUACGGCUACCGAGCAAUCUACGACUGAGACAAGUGUACCGUCGACGAUCGAGCUUAAGCAGUCGACGACUGAGACAAGUGUACCGUCGACGAUCGAGCUUAAGCAGUCGACGACUGAGACAAAUGUACCAUCAACUUCGGCUACCGAGCAAUCUACGACUGAGACAAGUGUACCGUCGACGAUCGAGCUUAAGCAGUCGACGACUGAGACAAAUGUACCAUCAACUUCGGUUACUGAGAAAUCUACGACUGAGACAAGUGUAUCGUCGACGACCGAGCUUAAACAGUCGACGACUGAGACAAAUGCAUCAACACCUACUGCUACAGAGCAAUCUACGACUGAGACAAGUGUACCGUCGACGACCAAGCUUAAACAGUCGACGACUGAGACAAAUGCAUCAACACCUACUGCUACAGAGCAAUCUACGACUGAGACAAGUGUACCGUCGACGAUCGAGCUUAAGCAGUCGACGACUGAGACAAAUGUAGCAUCAACUACGGCUACCGAGCAAUCUACGACUGAGACAAGUGUACCGUCGACGAUCGAGCUUAAGCAGUCGACGACUGAGACAAAUGUACCAUCAACUUCGGCUAUUGAGAAAUCUACGACUGACACAAGUGUACCGUCGACGACCGAGCUUAAACAGUCGACGACUGAGACAAAUGCAUCAACACCUACUGCUACAGAGCAAUCUACGACUGAGACAAGUGUAUCGUCGACGACCGAGCUUAAACAGUCGACGACUGAGACAAAUGCAUCAACACCUACUGCUACAGAGCAAUCUACGACUGAGACAAGUGUACCGUCGACGAUCGAGCUUAAGCAGUCGACGACUGAGACAAGUGUACCGUCGACGAUCGAGCUUAAGCAGUCGACGACUGAGACAAAUGUACCAUCAACUUCGGCUACCGAGCAAUCUACGACUGAGACAAGUGUAUCGUCGACGACCAAGCUUAAACAGUCGACGACUGAGACAAAUGCAUCAACACCUACUGCUACAGAGCAAUCUACGACUGAGACAAGUGUACCGUCGACGAUCGAGCUUAAGCAGUCGACGACUGAGACAAAUGUAGCAUCAACUACGGCUACCGAGCAAUCUACGACUGAGACAAGUGUACCGUCGACGAUCGAGCUUAAGCAGUCGACGACUGAGACAAAUGUACCAUCAACUACGGCUACCGAGCAAUCUACGACUGAGACAAGUGUACCGUCGACGACCGAGCUUAAACAGUCGACGACUGAGACAAAUGCAUCAACACCUACUGCUACAGAGCAAUCUACGACUGAGACAAGUGUACCGUCGACGAUCGAGCUUAAGCAGUCGACGACUGAGACAAGUGUACCGUCGACGAUCGAGCUUAAGCAGUCGACGACUGAGACAAAUGUACCAUCAACUUCGGCUACCGAGCAAUCUACGACUGAGACAAGUGUACCGUCGACGAUCGAGCUUAAGCAGUCGACGACUGAGACAAAUGUACCAUCAACUUCGGCUAUUGAGAAAUCCACGACUGAGACAAGUGUACCGUCGACGACCGAGCUUAAACAGUCGACGACUGAGACAAAUGCAUCAACACCUACUGCUACAGAGCAAUCUACGACUGAGACAAGUGUACCGUCGACGACCAAGCUUAAACAGUCGACGACUGAGACAAAUGCAUCAACACCUACUGCUACAGAGCAAUCUACGACUGAGACAAGUGUAUCGUCGACGACCAAGCUUAAACAGUCGACGACUGAGACAAAUGCAUCAACACCUACUGCUACAGAGCAAUCUACGACUGAGACAAGUGUACCGUCGACGAUCGAGCUUAAGCAGUCGACGACUGAGACAAAUGUACCAUCAACUACGGCUACCGAGCAAUCUACGACUGAGACAAGUGUACCGUCGACGAUCGAGCUUAAGCAGUCGACGACUGAGACAAAUGUACCAUCAACUUCGGCUAUUGAGAAAUCUACGACUGAGACAAGUGUACCGUCGACGACCGAGCUUAAACAGUCGACGACUGAGACAAAUGCAUCAACACCUACUGCUACAGAGCAAUCUACGACUGAGACAAGUGUACCGUCGACGAUCGAGCUUAAGCAGUCGACGACUGAGACAAAUGUACCAUCAACUACGGCUAUUGAGCAAUCUACAAAUGAGACAAGUGUACCAUCGACGACCGACGACAACGUGCAACCAGUAACCAAAGAGGAUGUGACAGAACCAACAGCUGCAUAUAUUAAAGUACAGUCUACUACUGUCACUGAAUCAAACACUACAGGAGCAGCAGUGCAAUCUACUACCGCAACAGAGAAUACCACUACAGACGCAGAAGCACAGUCUACUACUGUCACCGAAUCAAAUACUACAGGAGCAGCAGUGCAAUCUACUACCGCUACAGAGAGUGGCACUACAGACGCUGAAGUUCGUUCUACCACUGUCAACGAAUCAAACACUACAGGAGCAGCAGUGCAAUCUACUACCGCUACAGAGAGUGCCACUACAGACGCUGAAGCUCAGUCUACCACUGUCACCGAAUCAAACACUACAGGAACAGCAGUGCGAUCUACUACCGCUACAGAGAGUGCCAUCACAGACGCUGAAGUUCAGUCUACCACUGUCACCGAAUCAAACACUACAGGAGCAGCAGUGCAAUCUAGUACCGCAACAGAGAGUGCCACUACAGACGCUGAAGCUCAGUCUACCACUGUCACCGAAUCAAACACUACAGGAACAGCAGUGCAAUCUACUACCGCUACAGAGAGUGCCAUCACAGACGCUGAAGUUCAGUCUACCACUGUAACCGAAUCAAACACUACAGGAGCAGCAGUGCAAUCUACCACCGCAACAGAGAGUGCCACUACAGACGCUGAAGUUCAGUCUACCACUGUCACCGAAUCAAACACUACAGGAGCAGCAGUGCAAUCUACUACCGCAACAGAGAGUGCCACUACAGACGCAGAAGCACAGUCUACUACUGUCACCGAAUCAAACACUACAGACGCAGCAGUGCAAUCUACUACCGCUACAGAGAGUGCCUCUACAGACGCUGAAGUUCAGUCUACCACUGUCACCGAAUCAAACACUACAGGAACAGCAGUGCAAUCUACUACCGCUACAGAGAGUGCCAUUACAGACGCUGAAGUUCAGUCUACCACUGUCACCGAAUCAAACACUACAGGAGCAGCGGUGCAAUCUACUACCGCUACAGAGAGUGCCACUACAGACGCUGAAUCUCAGUCUACCACUGUCACCGAAUCAAGUACUGCAGGAGCAGCAGUCCAAUCUACUACCGCUACAGACGCUGAAGAUCAGUCUACUACUAUCACCGAAUCAAACACUACAGGAGCAGCAGUGCAAUCUACUACCGCUACAGAGAGUGCCACUACAGACGCUGAAGCUCAGUCUACCACUGUCACCGAAUCAAACACUACAGGAGCAGCGGUGCAAUCUACUACCGCUACAGAGAGUGCCACUACAGACGCUGAAUCUCAGUCUACCACUGUCACCGAAUCAAGUACUGCAGGAGCAGCAGUCCAAUCUACUACCGCUACAGACGCUGAAGAUCAGUCUACUACUGUCACCGAAUCAAACACUACAGGAGCAGCAGUGCAAUCUACUACCGCUACAGAGAGUGCCACUACAGACGCUGAAGCUCAGUCUACCACUGUCACCGAAUCAAACACUACAGGAGCAGCAGUGCAAUCUACUACCGCUACAGAGAGUGCCAUUACAGACGCUGAAGUUCAGUCUACCACUGUCAAAGAAUCAAACAGUGCAGGAGCAGCAGUGCAAUCUAGUACCGCAACAGAGAGUGCCACUACAGACGCUGAAGCUCAGUCUACCACUGUCACCGAAUCAAACACUACAGGAACAGCAGUGCAAUCUACUACCGCUACAGAGAGUGCCAUCACAGACGCUGAAGUUCAGUCUACCACUGUCACCGAAUCAAACACUACAGGAGCAGCAGUGCAAUCUACCACCGCAACAGAGAGUGCCACUACAGACGCUGAAGUUCAGUCUACCACUGUCACCGAAUCAAACACUACAGGAGCAGCAGUGCAAUUUACUACCGCAACAGAGAGUGCCACUACAGACGCAGAAGCACAGUCUACUACUGUCACCGAAUCAAACACUACAGACGCAGCAGUGCAAUCUACUACCGCUACAGAGAGUGCCUCUACAGACGCUGAAGUUCAGUCUACCACUGUCACCGAAUCAAACACUACAGGAGCAGCAGUGCAAUCUACUACCGCAACAGAGAGUGCCACUACAGACGCAGAAGCACAGUCUACUACUGUCACCGAAUCAAACACUACAGACGCAGCAGUGCAAUCUACUACCGCUACAGAGAGUGCCUCUACAGACGCUGAAGUUCAGUCUACCACUGUCACCGAAUCAAACACUACAGGAGCAGCAGUGCAAUCUACUACCGCUACAGAGAGUGCCACUACAGACGCUGAAGCUCAGUCUACCACUGUCACCGAAUCAAACACUACAGGAGCAGCAGUGCAAUCUACUACCGCUACAGAGAGUGCCACUACAGACGCUGAAGCUCAGUCUACCACUGUCACCGAAUCAAACACUACAGGAGCAGCAGUGCAAUCUACUACCGCUACAGAGAGUGCCAUUACAGACGCUGAAGUUCAGUCUACCACUGUCAAAGAAUCAAACAGUGCAGGAGCAGCAGUGCAAUCUAGUACCGCAACAGAGAGUGCCACUACAGACGCUGAAGCUCAGUCUACCACUGUCACCGAAUCAAACACUACAGGAACAGCAGUGCAAUCUACUACCGCUACAGAGAGUGCCAUCACAGAUGCUGAAGUUCAGUCUACCACUGUCACCGAAUCAAACACUACAGGCGCAGCAGUGCAAUCUACUACCACUACAGAGAGUGCCACUACAGACGCUGAAGCUCAGUCUACCACUGUCACCGAAUCAAACACUACAGGAGCAGCAGUGCAAUCUACUACCGCUACAGAGAGUGCCACUACAGACGCUGCCACUACAGACGCAGAAGCUCAGUCUACCACUGUCACCGAAUCGAGCACUGCAGGAGCAGCAGUGCAAUCUACUACCGCAACAGAGAGUGCCACUACAGACGCUGAAGCUCAGUCUACUACUGUCACCGAAUCAAACACUACAGGAGCAGCAGUGCAAUCUACUACCGCAACAGAGAGUGCCACUACAGACGCUGAAGCUCAGUCUACCACUGUCACCGAAUCAAACACUACAGGAACAGCAGUGCAAUCUACUACCGCUACAGAGAGUGCCAUCACAGACGCUGAAGUUCAGUCUACCACUGUAACCGAAUCAAACACUACAGGAGCAGCAGUGCAAUCUACCACCGCAACAGAGAGUGCCACUACAGACGCUGAAGUUCAGUCUACCACUGUCACCGAAUCAAACACUACAGGAGCAGCAGUGCAAUCUACUACCGCAACAGAGAGUGCCACUACAGACGCUGAAGCUCAGUCUACUACUGUCACCGAAUCAAACACUACAGGAGCAGCAGUGCAAUCUACUACCGCUACAGAGAGUGCCACUACAGACGCUGCCACUACAGACGCAGAAGCUCAGUCUACCACUGUCACCGAAUCGAGCACUGCAGGAGCAGCAGUGCAAUCUACUACCGCAACAGAGAGUGCCACUACAGACGCUGAAGCUCAGUCUACUACUGUCACCGAAUCAAACACUACAGGAGCAGCAGUGCAAUCUACUACCGCAACAGAGAGUGCCAUUACAGACGCAGAAGCUCAGUCUACCACUGUCACCGAAUCAAACACUACAGGAGCAGCAGUGCAAUCUACUACCGCUACAGAGAGUGCCACUACAGACGCUGCCACUACAGACGCAGAAGCUCAGUCUACCACUGUCACCGAAUCGAGCACUGCAGGAGCAGCAGUGCAAUCUACUACCGCAACAGAGAGUGCCACUACAGACUCUGAAGCUCAGUCUACUACUGUCACCGAAUCAAACACUACAGGAGCAGCAGUGCAAUCUACUACCGCAACAGAGAGUGCCAUUACAGACGCAGAAGCUCAGUCUACCACUGUCACCGAAUUAAGUACUGCAGGAGCAGCAGUGCAAUCUACUACCGCAACAGAGAAUGCCACUACAGACGCAGAAGCACAGUCUACUACUGUCACCGAAUCAAACACUACAGGCGCAGCAGUGCAAUCUACUACCACUACAGAGAGUGCCACUACAGACGCUGAAGCUCAGUCUACCACUGUCACCGAAUCGAGCACUGCAGGAGCAGCAGUGCAAUCUACUACCGCAACAGAGAGUGCCACUACAGACGCUGAAGCUCAGUCUACUAAUGUCACCGAAUCAAACACUACAGGAGCAGCAGUGCAAUCUACUACCGCUACAGAGAGUGCCACUACAGACGCUGCCACUACAGACGCAGAAGCUCAGUCUACCACUGUCACCGAAUCGAGCACUGCAGGAGCAGCAGUGCAAUCUACUACCGCAACAGAGAGUGCCACUACAGACGCUGAAGCUCAGUCUACUACUGUCACCGAAUCAAACACUACAGGAGCAGCAGUGCAAUCUACUACCGCUACAGAGAGUGCCACUACAGACGCUGCCACUACAGACGCUGAAGCUCAGUCUACCACUGUCACCGAAUCGAGCACUGCAGGAGCAGCAGUGCAAUCUACUACCGCAACAGAGAGUGCCACUACAGACGCUGAAGCUCAGUCUACUACUGUCACCGAAUCAAACACUACAGGAGCAGCAGUGCAAUCUACUACCGCUACAGAGAGUGCCACUACAGACGCUGCCACUACAGACGCAGAAGCUCAGUCUACCACUGUCACCGAAUCGAGCACUGCAGGAGCAGCAGUGCAAUCUACUACCGCAACAGAGAGUGCCACUACAGACGCUGAAGCUCAGUCUACUACUGUCACCGAAUCAAACACUACAGGAGCAGCAGUGCAAUCUACUACCGCAACAGAGAGUGCCAUUACAGACGCAGAAGCUCAGUCUACCACUGUCACCGAAUCAAACACUACAGGAGCAGCAGUGCAAUCUACUACCGCUACAGAGAGUGCCACUACAGACGCUGCCACUACAGACGCAGAAGCUCAGUCUACCACUGUCACCGAAUCGAGCACUGCAGGAGCAGCAGUGCAAUCUACUACCGCAACAGAGAGUGCCACCACUGAUGCUGAAGCUCAGUCUACUACUGUCACCGAAUCAAACACUACAGGAGCAGCAGUGCAAUCUACUACCGCAACAGAGACUGCCAUUACAGACGCUGAAGCUCAGUCUACUACUGUCACCGAAUCAAACACUACAGGAGCAGCAGUCCAAUCUACUACCGCAAAAAAGAGUACCACUGCAGACGCUGAAGCUCAGUUUACUACUGUCUCCGAAUCAAACACUGGAAGAGCAGCAGUGCAAUCUACUACCGCUACAGAGAGUGCCACUACAGACGCUGAAGCUCAGUCUACCACUGUCACCGAAUCAAACACUACAGGAGCAGCAGUGCAAUCUACUACCGCUACAGAGAGUGCCACUACAGACGCUGCCACUACAGACGCAGAAGCUCAGUCUACCACUGUCACCGAAUCGAGCACUGCAGGAGCAGCAGUGCAAUCUACUACCGCAACAGAGAGUGCCACUACAGACGCUGAAGCUCAGUCUACUACUGUCACCGAAUCAAACACUACAGGAGCAGCAGUCCAAUCUACUACCGCAAAAAAGAGUACCACUGCAGACGCUGAAGCUCAGUUUACUACUGUCUCCGAAUCAAACACUGGAAGAGCAGCAGUGCAAUUUACUACCGCUACAGAGAGUGCCACUACAGACGCUGAAGCUCAGUCUACCACUGUCACCGAAUCAUACACUACAGGGGCAGCAGUGCAAUCUACUACCGCAACAGAGAGUGCCACUACAGACGCAGAAGCACAGUCUACUACUGUCACCGAAUCAAACACUGCAGGAGCAGCAGUACAAUCUACUACCACUACCGAGAGUGCCACCACUGAUGCUGAAGCUCAGUCUACUACUGUCACGGAAUCGAGCACUGCAGGAGCAGCAGCGCAAUCUACUACCGCAACAGACAGUGCCACCACAGACGCUGAAGCUCAGUCUACCACUGUCACCGAAUCAAGUUCUGCAGGAGCAGCAGUGCAAUCUACUACCGCAACAGAGAGUGCCACUACAAACGCUGAAGCUCAGUCUACCACUGUCACCGAAUCAAGUUCUGCAGGAGCAGCAGUGCAAUCUACUACCACUACCGAGAGUGCCACCACUGAUGCUGAAGCUCAGUCUACUACUGUCACGGAAUCGAGCACUGCAGGAGCAGCAGCGCAAUCUACUACCGCAACAGACAGUGCCACUGCAGACGCUGAGGUUCAGUCUACCACUGUCACCGAAUUGAGCACUACAGGAGCAGCAGUGCCAUCUACCACCGCAACAGAGAGUAGCACUACAGAUGCUGAAGCUCAGUCUACUACUGUCACGGAAUCGAGCACUGCAGGAGCAGCAGUGCAAUCUACUACCGCAACAGAGAGUGCCACUACAGACGCUGAAGCUCAGUCUACCACUGUCACCGAAUCAAGUUCUGCAGGAGCAGCAGUGCAAUCUACUACCACUACCGAGAGUGCCACCACUGAUGCUGAAGCUCAGUCUACUACUGUCACGGAAUCGAGCACUGCAGGAGCAGCAGCGCAAUCUACUACCGCAACAGACAGUGCCACUGCAGACGCUGAGGUUCAGUCUACCACUGUCACCGAAUUGAGCACUACAGGAGCAGCAGUGCCAUCUACCACCGCAACAAAGAGUAGCACUACAGAUGCUGAAGCUCAGUCUACUACUGUCACGGAAUCGAGCACUGCAGGAGUAGCAGUGCAAUCUACUAGCGCUACAGAGCGUGCCAUCACAGACACUGAAGUACAGUCUGCUACUGUCACCGAAUCAAACACUGCGGCUAAGGUCCACGAUCAGCCUACUAGAACAGUAUUUACCUCGCCAUGUGGAAAUCAUCCAACUUCUGUUGCAACUGACAAUACUUCUGAAAAAGAAAGUAAACAGACCAACACUCCAACUGAACAUACAGUCAUUGUAGCACACAAUCAAUUACACAAAACUCAAACUAAGACAACAGCUUCGGCUCAUCCAAUUCUAGAAACAGUAUCUGGAAUGCCCUCCAUACAUUUAACUUCCAAAAACGAUCCCCCAACAACAGAUGAACCAAUAGAAAUUUGGGAACAAUCCACGAAACAGUUUGCUCCAACAACAUUUAUUUCUGAGUCUUUAGUUUUGAAGAAUAAGCAAACUCAAUUUAAAGUGAUACCACUAGAAAUUCCUACAGAAGCGACACAGAAGCCUGUGCAGUCCACAAUCGAGCCUAUACAUCCUAAAACCAAACCUGAGCAAUCGACAAUAAAAACGGUGCAGUCCACAGACCAAUCAACACAGGCAACAAUGGGAUCAUUUCCAUCGAUUGUCAAACCCAUACAAUCGCGCGAGUCGAAUGUAUUCAAUGUCAAAGCGAUAUCGUCAAUCGAACCUUUGAAAUCGACAACUGAACCAGUACAUUCGAUAACACAAUCGACAGUUGUAUCUAAACAGUCAUCAAACGAACCUCUGCAGGUAACAAUCGAACUUCUGCAAUCAUCAAUCGAACCUACACAGUCCACAGUCCAAACACAACAGUCGAGCGCACAACCUGGACAAUUCGCAACCAAACCUGUUAAUCGAAUCGAAACAACUACAGAAAAUCCAGAAAGCAAAAAAUCAAAUGAACAUAGGCCAUUCAUACAAGUAACAAAAUCAACAAAGAGUCCGAUCGGGAGCACCCUAAAAGGAUAUUACCGAGAAAUCAACCCUACCCAAGGCUUCGGUGAUGAUGUCGGGGAAAAUGAAGAUAAACGCAAAGGAAGAUAUGAUUUAUCUAAAUUUAAUCAAGCUCCGGCAAUGCAUAUGGCCGUUGAAAACGAAAUAACAUUGAAGACUCUGAUCGUCGAAGACGGAUCCAAGUAUGGACGCUGCUACUGUUCGUGUGACCUGAAUAGCAAGCCAGUCUUCAUUAGCUUGGAUGGAAGUGCUUUGAAACCUAGACGAUGAAUCCAUAGAUAUACCUCCUAAUUAAGUCAUUCUUAUCCAUCUAUAAUCCAUACUAGUUACAUAAAUAAUACAGUAAUACAAAUAAAA